AUGUCCAGAGUCAAACAAUCUUUAUAUGCACAACAAUCACCAAGUACAGGGAGAAUUCAGAAGAUUUCAGAGAAGCUUUCUACCAUCCAGAUAGGAGUGGAGAAUGAAAGAUUUUAGAAAUUGGAAUAGGCAGAAUAACGUAUUUAGUAGGCUGAGGAUGCAUUCAAUGAGUUUCAGGAGUAAAUCUUUACCAGGCUUAAUGGAUUGCGGGAUUAGUUGGGUAAAUUAUAGAAGCAAGUGGAGGAUGAUAAAUAGGCCAAAGAAUAAGCCAUAGAAGCCAAGAAUAGAGACGUUUUGGCUUUGACAAAGAAGUUUGAGAAUGCUAUAGAGAAUGAGCAGCAAACUAAGAAGGAAGGAGAGGCAAAGAUUCUUAGAUUGACAGAGGACAAAUCAGCCUUGCUUAGAACAGAGGUCUAGAAGGAGACUGCCUAAAGAAUAGAUGCCAUAGAGGGAAUUCAUUAAGGAUUACAAAAUGAUUUGCCAAAGAUUCAAGAGGCCAUUCGAGAGGAAGCCAAUGAAAGGGAUGAGUCUGAUUAAAAUGUAAUGAAAUCGAUCACAGAUGAGUUGGUAAAAUUGAGUAAUUUGAUCAACGUAGAGAAGAGAAAUAGAGAUGAAAGUGAGUAGUCAAUAUUUGAAAUGCUUAAGGAUAUCGUGAAUAGAGUGAAGGUAGAAUUGGAUCAAGAGAAAAGAACGAGAGAGUAAUCAGAGGAACAUUUGCUUAGUUUAUUGGAAGACACCUGUAAUAAAUUAAGCAUUGCAGCAAAUUUAUGAAAAAUUUAUAUUCAUAUAAGACAUUAAGGUUUGAUAUCAAUAUA